AUAAAGAAUAAUUUUGUAAACAAACUAAGCAUGUUAAGAAUAUUAAAUUAAUUUUAUUUCAUAUUAAAAUGGCGUAUAUCUGUGAUUUUUAUAAAAUUUUUCUGCAUUUUUAUAAGCGUGAUAGUAAUAUUAGACACAAAUUACUUAUAUAUUUUAUGAGUUUUUUGUUAUCAUUUGGAUGCGUUCAAGGUAAUGCAGAAGUUUGCCAAAAUCUGCAAAUGAUUUCUCAUCCAAGUGAUAUUGAAAAUUGCUCAUUAGUUUGCAGUUUGAAGUUCGAAUAUGUGGUGUCUGGUGUGCAUUUGGAUGAAUUAGUCUUGUGUAGAAAAAAUACCACUACUGCUGUGAUGUGUGGUAGCCAUGGAGAAUGUCGACAUUAUCAUCCUGGAGCAUAUUGCAAAGUUAUUACUUGUCUUUGCAAAACUGUUCAAGUCUCAUUCAACUCUUUUACCUUUGAUCCGAAUAAAAAAAUCCCCAAACUAAAUGCUUGUGUUGUAUCAUCAAGAAAUUUUGAUCCAGAUUUGCCAUUAGUUCCAUUUCCUUGGAAAACCUUGAUGAUUGUUAUUGGUAUUGUCUUGUUGUUUGCAACAUUCCUGGCGUGUAUAAAAUGGCUUACACCAUUAAUAAGAUCAAUGCAGGCAAAAAGGACAACUAGAGAGAAUCGACAUGGUCAGAGUGAAUUACCUGAGGAUAACACUAGUUUAUUUUCAUCUGCACCACAACAGAAUGAAAAUGCAUCUACUUCUCAACAAUGUGAUAGCACAUCUACGCCUAUCAAUUAUUAUUAUCCUAGAGGAAUAUGUAUUUUUCGAGCUAACCCCAGAACCAUAUUUCGAGCCAAUCCAAGAGCCUCACAAAGCAGUAACAGAGCCUCAUCAAGAGCUCGCUAUGUCACUUGUUCUCAAGCUGAAGGAACUUUAUCUGGGACACUUUCAAAUCAAGACAAACCUCCACCAUAUGAAACAGCUAUCCAGCUUCCACCACCAUCAUAUGAAGAGGUUGAACGUGCUAUUCUUGAGAGUAGAAAUGAAGGUUUUGGAAGAAUUCAACAAGUUGAAGUACAUGUGUCCCCUUCUUCUGUUCCAUUGACUGCAAGUUCUUCUUCAGCAUAAAAUCUGCUUCAAAGUUAUGCAUUUUUCAUUUGUACAUAUCAUAUAUUUUCAUAGAAACUAAUUGGAAAUGCAUAUUUCCUAGUGCAUCAUUAUUUGUUGUGUUGUGAAAUGAAAUGUUGUAAGAUUUUGUUUGCUUUAUCAGUUAGUUUAUUGAAAAGUAUUAUCUAGUUAUUGUAUUUGAGUGUGCACCAUGUAGCUUCUGUUAAUGGAUAUAUAUUGAAUGAUAAUUAUUAAUAUAUAUAUUUUUAAAAUUUCCCCUAAAAAUGUGCUUUAUAAAUAAUGGAAAGCAAGAAUUCAUUAUGAAUAUUUUACAUAUAAAUCAAAUUUUAAAAAUUUGAUUUGUUGCUUGAAUUCCUGUUAAUUUUUUUCCCAAAAAUUUUUAUGAUUGGUUGUUUUGUAAAAGAGAAGCAAAAUAUUGUAUACAUAUCUUGUAUAUAUAUAUAUUUUCAAUCAUUUUUAUAUGCAGCUUUGAAAUAAAAAAAAAAAUAAGCCCAAUGUUUUUUUAAAAAAUGAAUGCAAAUUUCGAAGGAGGAAAUUUUGCAUUUAUAGAAUUCCUAAAAGAAAUUUUGUUAAUAUUUCUAAAAGAAAUUUGUUAAAACUAUGCUUAAAUUUUAUUUUCAUCUGAUUGUGCAAAACUAACAAUCACAAUUUGUUCUGUAAGAAAAGUGCUGCUGUAUAUGGCUUGUAUUUAUUAUGCAUAUAUACUCUGUAGACUUGCUAACGGACAAAAGAAAAAACAAAAAGAUUGAAGAAGUUUUUUUUUUCAUAUUCUUACAAGUGUUAUGACGAUUUUUUAAAAAAAAUUAAUUUGUUUCAGAACAAGAAAAGUUUUUGAGAUAAAUGCUGACUUAAACAUUGAUUUAUAUCAAGUUGUCUGUUUUGUAAGAUACAUAAUUUGAAAUAUAUCUACAAAUGUUUACAUAGAAUAACAAUUUAACUAAUUAUUAUUCAGAAUUACACUUGAAGGGAAACUUGCUAACACUAUUAACAUAAUUACCAGUUUCAUAAUCAACAAUUAUAUAACAAAUGAAUGGCAGUUUGUAUUUUCAUUGGGCAUUUUUAUUUAAGAAUUUAAUCGUCAUUAAUACAGGAAUUUGUAAUUAUUUCAUAAAAAUAUCAGCUAAAUUUAUAUAUAUACAUAUAUAUAUAAAAUCAAAUAUUUUAUACUGUUCAUUCAUAAUUACUCCGUGCCAGCUUUACCCAAACCCUGUUAGUGAAUGCCUUGUUGGAAUACCUGCUUUCAUGCACAAACCUCUUCCAUCCCAUCUACAUUUAGUGAAUGGCCAUUCCGAAAAUGUGAAUAAAAAAGGGCUGUAAAAAAACUGGUGCAUAUUAAAUUAUCUGCUGUAUUUUGUCAAUGCCGAACAAUUUUAUUCUGCGAUUAUAAAUUUCAGUCUUUCAAUGUUAUGAUUAAAUAGGCAAAGUUUUUUUUUUUUUUUUGCUAUUUAUGAAAUUUUCUUUUACAAUAAAGAUGAAAUUAUUGCAUUUUUAAAAUUUAUCAUGCUAUAACAAUUCCAAUUUGGUUUAAAUUAGGCAGAAUUAAUACCUUAUUUUUUUAUGUUAGUCUUUUUAUAAUGUAAUAUUAGCACAAGACCAACAUAAAUACAUUUCAGACAUAACUAAUUUUAAUAUAUAUACCCAGGCAUAAAAAAAGUUUUGUAAAGCAAAAUUAAGACUCUUUUCCACUCUUUAAUUCUUUCUUUUAUGAUUAGUAUUAGAAAUUAUAUGAAUUGCAACAUAUUGCACAUUAUACAGCAUCUCUUUAAAAAUGUUAUUGGUAAAACAUUUUUAUUUUUAUUCGUAUGAAAUUGAAAUCAUUUUAAUAAAAUUAAAAUUCUGCAACAUUAUCCUAUUACUGAAAUAAGAAAGUUUCUUAAUUGAGAAUUUUUUCCUGUCACUUCGUAUUUGUUAAUUCAAGUCUAUUCUGUAUAUAGAGCAUUUUGAAUCUCUGAACAUACAUUCCAUAUUUUUUUUUUAUGUUACAUGUUACUUAAUUUCAAUUCUUUGUACAGUAUUAUAAAAAUUGUUUAGACAUUUUAGAAAAGUGAUAGAAUAUCUGUUUGUUAAGAUUAUGUGCUCAAAUUAUGAUGUGAUUUUUUUUAAAGCUUCAAAAUAUUUUCAUUAAAUAUGUUAUUAUAAGAUCUUGGAUACAUUCAAGAACAUAAAUUUAAAAUUUUUGAUUUAUGUGAUCAAUGUAUCACAUUUUUAUUUGUUAAAGCUUUGGAUGUAUAAUUUUUUUUUUUUUUUUUAAGUUAGUUCAACUUAUACUGCUAAUACAUUAGAUGUAAUUUUUAUACCACCUAUAUAAAAGAACAUUUAUUUUGUUCUCUAAUGAAAUUUUUAGAAUUUUUCACUGACAAUCAGUAAGUACUUUCAUGUGCUCAUCCAGCAUAUAAAUGAGCAUGGCAGUUGAUAUAGUUUACUGAAAUGAAAUUUUUUGGAGUAAACACCUUUUUGAAUUCUAUACGUAUUUUUGCUAUGAAUCAAUUCAAUUACUAGUCAUAAUGGAUAUUAACAUUUUAGUUAAAAUAAUGAAAUAAAUAUCUUUUAAUGGCAGCUAGUUAGUAGUUUUUAUAAAAUAAAUGUCAAUUUUUUUAUAUCUUUGGACUUUUUUGAUAGGUAUACAAAGAAUUAGUGUUGAACAAGUUUUUGAUUGCUAUCUUUUAUCAUUGUGCCUUUUCUGUCCUUGAAAUAGUAA